GUUCGUCCCAAGUUGCAGCGUUAUCGCCAGCCUGAAGGCUGGAUUAGCAUUGCACGCCCGUCUGCGCUGCCUUCUCCAAGUGAAUCCAGGCAGCUGAUGCUGUUAGCUCCCGCCUCGCCUUGCGCUGCCAUUUGGGAACAAGUGGGGAUGUGGGAGUCCAGCUGGAAUAGCCCCUGCUGUGACAAAGCACAAGGUGAAAGACCUGCAAGGGACAGAGGGGACCUCUGUUGCACCAGCAACCCAGCAGGGAUCACACACAGCUUUGGUGGCAGAGAGGUGUCUGGUGCCGUGCUGGAUCUGUCCCUGCAGCAAGCAAAGGGGGUGACGGCUAUGCCACCACUCCCCUCGCCCUGCCAGGCUCUGCCAGGUGGAUCCUGACCUCGUCUGGCUGCAGCAUGUGACCCUGCAGCCCAUUUCGCUGUGCCCGUGGCUGGCCCAGGCAGGGCUAUGGCUGUGAUGGGGGAUCUGCAUGGAGCCCUGUGGCUUGGUCCUGCUGUGGGAGCAAAUCCAGGUGGCUGCCAAGGUGAAAGGGGGACUCUCCUGGCUUGUACACCAGGUAAGUAACUGCGGGGCUGGUCUUUAGUGACCGUGGAGGGAGGUGUAGGGAUGGAACCACACCCCAGGAGUGAAUAUAUGUUGUCAGGCAUGGUGAAGGGAGACAAAACUUUCCAUCCUGGCGCUCGGGCAGUGCGACAGUGGCACACAGAGGGAAUACCGAUGCAUUUGUAUCUUGUUUGCGUUGAGGAUGCUGCAUCUUAACCAAGGCUGGAGAGAGACAAUCUUUAAUGAAGUGUUUGGUGGAAGGGGACUGACAGCGAUGCUGCAGCUCUCAGCCAAACGUGAAAUGUUUCUGACAAGAGCCAUCGCCAGAGGCACCACCACCGUCACGUACCCAACCCCGAGCGGCUGGCACGCACCAGAGCAGCCUGGCAGCAGGGAGAGAUGCUACUGAGUAACGGAGGCAUACAUCCUCUGUGUCCUGAGCAAAGCCCGCUGCGACCUCCCUGCUCUUACCUGGGAGAAAACAAGCCAAGGGAUGGUGACCUUGUGCAGCAGCUUAAAAAACUGCUGGGAAAAACCUCUCCCUCCAGCGUGAAUGAGGCGAUGCAGAGCAAUCCUGGUGAUGAAUUUAAUGCCGUUUGCCUUCCCUGUGACACAAAGCACACUCUUUGGGUUUGGAGAGGUCAGCGUGGAGAGCUCUGCCAGAUGGGUCAGAGCAGUUUUCUGCUUAGAGAAGUCAUUUAGUGCCUGCACCCAAGAGGGACUUUGUCCUCACAACCAAGGAGCUUGGAGAGCCUGACUGGGUGGACCAGCAAGACCAUAGGUAGCGGAAGGGUUCCCCUCCUCCUCCUCCUCCCCACCCCUUAAGGGGCGGUGAUCGUGGCGGAGAGGAAGAAAAGGAUGCCACGGAAGCUGUUGUUGCCUUAUAAAUCUGUUUUUUCUCACUUUCGAGCUCCACGGGGGUCGCAUGACUCUUUGGCGAUGACCGCAGCCAGAAGUGGCUACCGGGUCUUCUCGGCCAACUCCACGGCAGCCUGCACCGAGCUGGCGAAGAGGAUCACGGAGCGUCUCGGUGCUGAGCUUGGGAAAUCUGUGGUGUACCAGGAAACCAAUGGAGAAACGAGAGUUGAAAUAAAAGAGUCUGUCCGGGGACAGGAUAUCUUCAUUAUACAGACAAUCCCCAGAGAUGUGAAUACUGCUGUCAUGGAGCUGCUGAUAAUGGCGUAUGCACUGAAGACUUCCUGUGCCAGGAACAUCAUUGGGGUCAUCCCUUACUUCCCCUACAGCAAACAGAGCAAAAUGAGGAAGAGGGGCUCUAUAGUCUGCAAGCUGCUGGCUUCGAUGCUGGCCAAGGCAGGUUUAACACACAUUAUCACGAUGGACCUUCAUCAAAAGGAAAUUCAAGGCUUCUUCAGCUUCCCAGUAGACAACCUGAGAGCAUCCCCUUUCUUGCUUCAGUAUAUACAGGAAGAAAUUCCGGAUUACAGAAAUGCGGUUAUUGUAGCUAAAUCUCCUGAUGCAGCUAAAAGGGCUCAGUCUUACGCUGAGAGACUACGGCUGGGACUAGCAGUGAUCCAUGGAGAGGCUCAGUGUACAGAGCAGGACAUGGAUGAUGGACGUCACUCCCCUCCAAUGGUCAAAAAUGCAACUGUGCAUCCUGGUCUGGAGCUGCCGCUGAUGAUGGCCAAGGAGAAACCACCAAUAACUGUGGUUGGAGAUGUUGGAGGAAGAAUUGCCAUCAUUGUGGAUGAUAUAAUCGACGAUGUGGAAAGCUUUGUAGCUGCUGCAGAGAUCCUGAAAGAGCGCGGAGCCUACAAGAUUUUUGUGAUGGCUACUCAUGGGCUCCUGUCAGCAGAUGCCCCCCGUCUCAUAGAGGAAUCCUCCAUCGAUGAGGUGGUAGUAACCAACACAGUUCCUCAUGAGGUACAGAAGCUGCAGUGCCCCAAGAUAAAGACUGUGGAUAUCAGUUUGAUUCUCUCUGAAGCCAUCCGACGAAUCCACAAUGGCGAGUCCAUGGCCUAUCUGUUUCGCAACAUCACUGUCGAUGACUAGACCUGGUGCUGCCCCUGUCCUGGCUUCCACAAGAGAAGGAAAUAUGCAUGAAAAGGCAAUACCAUAAAUUAUAGGCAUAACACAACUGUUUAUUCUCGUAGGAGCGUGAAGGUUUUCAGGGUCUUGAGCCAUGAGAUCUAAUAGAAAAAAAUCAACCUGACCAGCACUUUACAGGUGAAUGGAAGAGGCCAUUGGCAAUGGGGAGGAUUAUGUCUUAAUUGAGGGAGAAAUGAGGUGGUGUUGAAUUUUUAAGUUCCUUUUUUUUUUUUUUUUUUAGGGUGUUACUCUUGCCCUGUAGGGAGGGAAAGAAAAGCAAAAAAGAAGUAGCUAUCAUCUUAUGAGAAGGGAAUAGAGACUGCUCAUUGCUGCGUGUGGGCAGCAAGAGGAAACAGCCUUUAGGUUUCUGUUUCUGACUGUGACUCGCCUGAGAGCGCAGAAGGGAGUGCUUUGCUCAGGCAGCUGGGCAGGACUGCUUGCUGCUGGCAGAGCUGAGCAGCAGAGCAGCUCCUUGCCAACUGAGUGGCCUCGCAUCUCUUGCACAGCAUAGCGAGGACUUUCAUCAAAACUAAGUUAGCGGAACAUCCAGAAAGGACAGCUUAGGGCAACCCAUUCGCAGGGCUGCUUGCAUCCUUGUGUCGGGGCGCUGGGAACAAGCUCACGUGUUGUCUCCCAGCAGGGCAAGGGGUGCUAGUUAACGUGCUGGCCUUUUCAUUUCACAAGCCUUGGUUCAUUAUUGUUCUUCAGUGGCAAGUCGCAUGAGGGUCUAGGUCCUCCCUUGAACGCUUGUCUGCACUGCAAAACUGGACGCAAUUUCUGGAGCUGCCUGGGGCUGAUGAGUCGUGGCAGUUUGGUGGGGACGGGGAGUUGGAACAGUAUCUGCCUCUAAUGCAGCUGUGUUCUCCAAAACACUAACACUGAACCUGCAAUAAAAAGCAUAGGAUUUUUCA